GGGAGAACGAAAGAUAAGGAAGAUUAUCGACCUGUGUCAAUUUUCGUCUGUUCAAUACUUGGGCUUUCCAACAAACAUGUACCCAGAUAUAUAUAGAAUGCCAUGAAUUCCGUUGCAUCCGCUGAUUGACAUCAAAGCGGUGCCGUUUGACCUUGCAUCUUUUGUGCCGUGGUCGAAACAACUUCAGCACUUGAGGACGGACGCGUGCUGAAGGGAGGGUAUGAUCUGUGCUUUUUCCCGAGUUCCCGACCAGUAAGCUGCGACGUCGCCUUCCUCUCCCACCAACAACACACCCAUAAAGCUUUGCAAAGCAUGUCCUACGAUUUCGCCGGGGGCUCCUUGAAGCUCAAGGGGCUGGACUCAGGCAAGAUAAAAAAGAAAUCCAAAAAGUCCAAGAAGGAUAAAGAAAAGCUAUCAGCCGCAGUAUCCGCGUCGAUUCAAUCAUCUUCCGACCUCACCUCCUUCUCAGACGCCAGCAAAACCUCCACCAUAGCUUCCAGUUCACAGUCUACUGACCCACGCCCACCUCGCACGAAAACAGCCGCCGAGUUGAAGUUUGAGGAAAUUCAAAAACAACGACAACGAGAUCGUAUAGCGAAGACUGCGUCGCAGAGCCAUAAGGAACGAGUGGCGGAAUUCAACAAAUAUCUGGAAAACUUGUCGGAACACUACGACAUUCCGAAAGUUGGACCGGGAUAACGUGCGAGGGGACGCAAGUCGCAAUUUUUGGAAAUCCGAGUUUGGUGGGAGGUUCAUGCGGAGUAUGGAGUGGGUGUCAUUGUCGAUUUGGCGUCAAAGCACUUGAUGUCGAAGGCUUUGCACCACCAACAAGCUGCACCGACACUGCGCUUUUAGCGGAGGGUUCUAGCAUCGGGAAGCGCUUACGCAUAGUGCCAGAUACUUUGCAGCAGCGUAGAUUAGGCCCUGAUCCUUUAGAUGCCCUCCAUGCUAUCAUCAUAAGCACUUCGGAUGCACUUAGCCGGGUUUCAUUCAUGUCGGUGGGCCAUGAACACCUACUGUAUGUACCGAUGCAUUUCCACAGCCUCAAGUUGCUUCCUUCCGUAAUCUGAGCGGGUUCACUCGGAG